AUCGAAGAAAAGAAAUCUUGCGAUUUCGCAAUCGCCCCCGUCCAUUUCAUUCCGCGUUCAACCCCUAACUUUGUCCUCCGCUUCAUUUAAGCUUCGUUCCUCGAUUUGCAUCAUUGGAGUUUUUUCUCGCUUGAUCUCUUCAAUUCAAUCCACAUCUAGGUUGGUUUGAUUCUCUCUUUCGACUCGUCGGCCGUCCGGAUCCUAAUCUUUUCUUUGCGGUAUUCUCCUUUGGCAUCAGUAAGGAGUUUUAAGUCUGAGGCAUGGCACAGAUUUUGCUUCAUGGAACGCUUCAUGUUACCAUCUAUGAGGCAGAUUCAUUAUCCACCAGGGCUUCUGCUGGUGCUCCCAGGUUUCUUCGCAAGCUUGUUGAAGGAAUAGAGGAUACUGUGGGCCUUGGCAAGGGAUCUACCAGACUUUAUGCUACUAUUGAUCUAGAGAAGGCCAGAGUUGGUAGGACCCGAAUCAUUUCUGAUGAACCUGUGAACCCUCGUUGGUAUGAGUCUUUCCACAUUUAUUGUUCUCAUUUGGCUGCCGAUAUCAUCUUCACCGUCAAGUUUGACAAUGCCAUCGGUGCUUCACUUAUUGGAAGAGCAUAUUUACCCGUUGUGGACAUACUUCAUGGUGAGGAAGUUGACAGAUGGCUUGAAAUAUGUGAUGAAAGUCGUAAUCCUGUUUCUGGUGGGGCUAAGAUCCAUGUAAAGCUUCAGUAUUUUGAUGUCUCAAAAGACCGGAACUGGGCAAAGGGCAUACGGAGCCAAAAGUUCCCUGGUGUUCCCUAUACGUUCUUCGCGCAGAGGCAUGGAUGCAAGGUAUCACUUUACCAAGAUGCUCAUGUCCCUGAUAACUUUGUUCCGAAAAUUCCUCUUGCAAAUGGAAAGUACUAUGAGCCCCAUCGUUGUUGGGAGGACGUCUUUGAUGCAAUCAGUAAUGCCAAGCAUUUGAUUUAUAUUACUGGGUGGUCUGUUUAUACGGAGAUCACUCUGAUUAGGGACUCUAAGAGGCAGAAGCCUGGUGGAGAUGCUACCCUUGGGGAGUUGCUAAAGAGGAAGGCUAGUGAAGGAGUGAGGGUCCUUAUGCUCGUAUGGGAUGAUCGGACUUCAGUUAAAUUGCUAAAGAAAGAUGGUCUGAUGGCUACACAUGAUGAAGAAACUGGGAAUUAUUUCCAUGGCACUGAUGUACACUGUGUGUUGUGCCCUCGAAAUCCUGAUGAUGGAGGAAGCAUUGUGCAGGAUUUGGAAAUCUCUGCCAUGUUCACUCAUCAUCAGAAGAUUGUGGUUGUGGAUCAUGAGAUGCCUGUUAAGGGUUCCGAACAAAGGAGGAUUGUAAGUUUUGUUGGUGGAAUUGACCUUUGUGAUGGAAGAUAUGACACACAGUUCCAUUCACUCUUUAGAACCCUUGACACAGCUCACCAUGAUGAUUUCCAUCAGCCAAACUUUGCAGACGGAUCCAUUAAGAAAGGUGGACCUAGAGAACCUUGGCAUGAUAUUCACUCGCGCUUGGAGGGUCCCAUUGCCUGGGAUGUAUUGUUCAACUUUGAGCAGAGAUGGAGGAAGCAGGGUGGGAAGGAUCUUCUUCUACAGAUUAGAGAUCUCUCUGAUGUGAUUAUUCCGCCAUCACCAGUCAUGUUUUUAGAGGAUAAAGAAAUAUGGAAUGUGCAGCUCUUCAGAUCUAUUGAUGGUGGUGCUGCCUUUGGCUUUCCUGAGACGCCAGAGGAUGCAGCCAGAGCAGGCCUUGUCAGUGGAAAGGAUAAUAUUAUUGAUAGAAGCAUUCAAGAUGCCUACAUAAAUGCAAUCCGCAGAGCAAAAAAAUUUAUCUAUAUUGAAAAUCAAUAUUUUCUCGGCAGCAGUUUUGGAUGGAAAGCAGAUGGUAUCAAACCUGAGGAAGUUGGCGCAUUACAUCUUAUACCAAAGGAGCUUUCACUAAAGAUUGUUAGUAAGAUUGAAGCUGGGGAAAGGUUUACUGUUUAUGUUGUUGUUCCAAUGUGGCCAGAGGGUGUCCCUGAAAGUGCUUCUGUUCAGGCAAUUCUGGAUUGGCAAAGGAGGACUAUGGAAAUGAUGUAUACUGAUGUUACUCUGGCCCUUCAGGCUAAAGGAAUUGAAGCAAACCCCAAAGACUAUCUGACUUUCUUUUGCUUAGGAAAUAGAGAGGUGCAGAAGAGCGGAGAAUACACUCCUGAGGAGCAGCCUCAGCCUGAUACAGACUAUUUUAGAGCUCAGCAGGCUAGGCGGUUUAUGAUCUACGUUCAUGCCAAGAUGAUGAUCGUUGAUGACGAGUAUAUAAUUGUUGGAUCUGCCAACAUCAAUCAAAGAUCAAUGGAUGGAGCGAGGGACUCUGAAAUUGCCAUGGGUGCAUAUCAGCCUAACUAUCUGUUGACGCAGGAACCAGCCAGGGGCCAAAUCCAUGGCUUCCGCUUGUCUCUGUGGUACGAGCACCUUGGCAUGCUCGACGAUCUCUUCCUCCAUCCUGAGAGUUUGGAGUGCGUGCAGAAGGUGAAUAGGAUUGCAGAAAAAUACUGGGAUCUUUACUCUAGCGAAACACUGGAAAGAGACCUUCCUGGUCAUCUCCUCAGCUACCCCGUUGGAGUCACUAAUGAAGGUGAGAUCACAGAGUUGCCUGGGACGGAAUUCUUUCCGGACACGAAAGCCCGUAUCCUGGGCAGCAAGGCGGACUACAUGCCACCAAUCCUCACCACUUAACCACUACGAUCCCUCCCUGUUUCUGUGGCACUUUACCUCCUCCUGUACUGGUAGCUAUAAUAAGUAGUGUGAUCUAUAUGAGAUGUUAAUCUUUCCUCAUGGUUUGAUGGAGUGCUUUUGAUCAUGCUUAAGAAUUAUAUGCCUUCCUAAUAAUGACUUUCUGGCUUGAUUUACUUUGUCCA